UCUCUGACUGAUCAUUUUCUCUUGGCAGGAGUCAAUCAAGAUGGAGACUUGUCGGGGACAAUUUCACUUGUUAUGACACAGUGUUGUAAAAGAAUAAAAGACACAGUUCAAAAACUGGCCUCUGAUCAUAAAGACAUUCACAGCAGCGUAUCCCGAGUUGGAAAAGCCAUAGAUAAGAACUUCGACUCCGACAUCAGCAGCGUGGGGAUAGAUGGGUGCUGGCAGGCUGACAGCCAGCGGAUCCUCAACGAGGUGAUGGUGGAGCACUUCUUCAGGCAGGGGAUGUUGGAUGUAGCUGAGGAGCUUUGUCAGGAAUCUGGUCUAUCAAUAGAUCAAAGCCAAAAAGAACCAUUUGUGGAGUUAAAUCGAAUAUUGGAAGCAUUAAAAGUCAGAGUUUUGAGACCUGCACUAGAGUGA